GUUUUAAUUUCCAUUCUGAUUGUUUAAUAUUUGGAACAGUUCAUUAACUUUUUCAAGCAUUCUCUAUGCAACAAUGAGUUCAUGUUCUCAGAAAACCAGUCUGUUACAAUGACUGAGUUAUUUUGCAGGGGAGGGGAAAGUUGAGUUUGACAUUUUAUGUUCAAUGGGCCUACAUCUGUGGAUGCUCCUUUUUCUUGACAAAACCCACCAAAAAGGAUAUUCAUCUACCUCUUCUGAUGCGGAUGGCUUAAAAUCACAAAAGCUUGGGCUCAGAUUUAUCUUGAUUUUGAACACUUCCUGCAUACUUUCAAUGCUUGUAUCAAUGAAAGCGGAGCUAGCUAAACCGAUCACUCAAAACAAAAAUUAAAGUCAAACACAAAUCCUAUAAUUUCAUGUUGCAGUGGAUAUGACUUCUCCUGUACAGCAAAAAAGAUAGAACAUUUUCCAAAGCCUGCAGCUAAAGAAAUACAUGCAUCCAUAUGCAAACAAGCUCUUCCCCUUUGAAAUCCCACUCUUCCAACACCUGCAACAUUUAACAUUGAAAAACAGCACAAAAGGGGGAAGCAUGUGUAGGAAAUGCAAAAACAAACCCCUAAAACCCGGAGGGGCAUUCAAGCAAAAUUACAAAAUCAUUCCGUUUAUUUCCGCUAGAUAUUGGUCAGCACGUGCUCACACUGAAGACAACGACCCAAAAGCAACUUAAGGUGCUUAUUGUUGUCUGGAUUAUGCCCCUCAAGUCAGGAGACCAAGAAAGGGGAGGGGGGAUACCCCAGGUUUUUCUUCACUGGUAUCUCAGAAUGCUAAAAACUAUUUUUGCUCUAGUCUAAGCGAACGGCUGCUUAAGCAAUAACAUUAAGAUAAAUGAGGAGCGCAAGACAAUGAAACCCGUUCUGCGCCGUACAAGCCUCCGCCUGAGGCAACGGCCUGCUGUCUAGCAGCUCCCAGCAUUAGCACGUCUCUUGGCGGGGGUUGGACUAGAUGACCCCUGGGAGUCCCUUCCGACUCCGCGGUCCUGACCCCGAUACAGCCCGGAGAGCUUGAUCGCAGGAGAGGUUAGCUGGGAUUCCCAGAGGGCUUUGCGGCCGCGGCGGGCAGACGCAGCGAGGGCCGCCGGUCGCUAGACAACGGCUUCCAUAGAGAUAAUUAUACGCGGAGGCUGGCGCGCGCGAGUGGCCGCGCGGUUUCCCCCCUCCGGUCUCGCGAGAGCGAACGUUCGCCGCCGCCUGCCCGCCCGCCCCGCUGCUGUCGACGGCGAGCCGGGAUGGAGGAGGGCGACGGCUGCGAGGAGAGCCUGUUCUCGCUGGAGCUGCUGGUGGAGUCGGCGCGCGUGGAGCCGCGGUUGCUGCCGACGCCCAUGCCGGCCAGCAGGCCCUUCCGCCCGGCGGUGGCGCUGCGGCUGCUGGACUUCCCCACGCUCCUGGUGCGCGCUCCGCACUCGGUGCCGGGCCCGCUGGUGCCCUUCGGCCGGGGCAAGUCGUGCCUCUUCCGGCUGCGGCCGGGCGCCCUCAAGGGUCUCCUGAGGCGCUCGCCGCUCUACGCGCUGCUGCUGGCGCUGCCGCCGGGACAAGGCCCCGCCCGCCUGCUGGGCACCUCCAGCGUCUCCCUGGCGGCCGCCGCCGAGGAGCUGCUGCUGGGCAGCGGCCCCGGGGGGCGAAGGGGGCAGUUUCCGCUGAGGGACCUGAUGGGGGAGCCGGUGGGAGAACUGGGCCUGAGCUACCGCCUGAGCAACUUGGGGCCCUGCCUGCUGGGCCACUUGGGGCAGGGGGCGGCCCCCGGGGAGCCCCACAUCGAGGAGCGGCACAGAUCACCGCCUCGUCCGCCCAGCGUCCACAGCGACAGAGGGGUCAACCUGGAGCUCAUCCCAGAGGGAGAAGAAGACCAGCAGGACCCUGCCCCGGAAGGUGGCAGCACGGAGUCCUUAAACAGCACCCUUACCGAAGAACAACCCCCCAGCCUUGCUGUGCAGAAAGCAGCCCAAGAGCUGGAGAUUUUGACCAACGUCUUCUGCCCCCCGCCAAUGUACUAUAGCCGCCCGGCUGAAAAUCCUUGCUCCACGCCGAAAGCUGCGGCGUCAGGGAUGGUGACGGUGGCUGCACCUCGUGAACCUUUUCCAGAAGAAGAAAUCGUCUUUCCCUCUGCAGAGCCUCUUAAGGAGGAGCCUUCAGGUAGCGUCCCAGAGCCUGCCUUGGCAUCUCCAGCGCUUAGCCAUGAUCAGCUCAGACAAACCUUGAGCCAGCUGCCUCUGCUGAAUGCUUUGUUGGUGGAACUGUCCCUGCUGAGCAACCAGUCACUGCAGCCAGGGCCGUCUACUGUGCAUCCUCAGUUAGCAUGGCUAUACCAAAAUGUAGCAGAUGGUACAAAAGCCCCGCCCUCAAGUGUCAAGAGUCUAUGCCCCUUCCGGGAAUAUAAAAAACCCUCUCCUAAUCAUAAAGAGAGAGGAAGGUCUGCUAGCCCAAAGUUAAAAAGAAAUCGCCCAGAUCAUUUAAAAUGCAUGUAUCCCUCCAUGCACGUUACAAGCACUGGUAAAGGAUUCACAAAAAUGGAAAGAAGUGGCAAUCUUGAGAAAAACAACACCAAGGAAAACUCUUCCCCUAGACGAAGGCUUACAUAUGGGCUGACAAAUACUCUAAAACUUCGUUUGCUGCGCUCCAAUCCAGUCAUGUUGAAAGUGCAUGAAAAAAGGGAACAUCGUAGAAAAAAGCAAGGAGACACCAUUGAAAGGAAAGGCAAAAGCUCUUCAAAUAAAGGGAAACUAUUGCGGAGCUCCCCCGAGCGCCAUUCAAAGUCUUCUGUACAAUUUGAUGAAAAAAGCAUCUCUGAAGAAAAUGCUCAAAUAAAUGAAAAUGUUGAGACUCUAAUACAAAGCAGUACUGACCAAGAUUACUCUGCCACCAUAAAGGGACUAACCUGUGAUCUCAAAAAAAAAGUUGCAGCCCGCCGUGUAAAGAGUCAUGAAAAUGCAAAACACAAGGGCUUUCCUGAAAGUAUUGGCUCUUCUUAUAAAGAAAAGAGUUUGAAAGUCCAUCUACCAAGAGUCUGUUUGCAGGAUACUAAUGCCCUUGAAAGUAAAAUUGAUACAGAAGAAGAAAAAUGUGUACUGAAAAAUAAUUGGGAUGCUUCAAGCCUUCGUAAUGAUAGCCAGAGCAACAAUUUUGAAAGCAGCUAUGGACUUAAGAAUUCAAGUGCUGUGGUUCUUAGCUCUGAAAAUGCAGCCUAUUCAGAAGAUUUCACCAAUGUUGACAGUUCAGGCACAGCCUUAGAAGCUCAAGAGAGCAUCUCUGAACCUUUGCUAAUAAACCCAAAUCAAAGCCAGUCUGUUAUGGACUCGGAUUCUAAAAUGUGUGAAAGAAGUAUGACUGCUGAAAGCAUUUCACCCCCUGUUCCAGUUCCCUCAGAUACAUCUCCUAUCCAAUCUCUUAAAAAGACCUAUUAUUCAAAAUCUAAUGAAAAAACCACAGGUGUUGCUCUUAAUGAAUUUGAUCAUGAUUCUCCUUCUGCAAGAGUUUCAAAGGAGGAACCUGCAGCUCAGCGGGCCAACAAGAAAGGGAACAAAGAUAUGCAGACCUUGGGAGAGGAACAAGUUCCCUCUGAGAGAAAUAAUAGUGUAGAAAAAGGUGAAUCAUCUGUGGAAAGGAGCCAGUCAAUAAGGACAUCUCAAGUUAGCUCUUACUUGCCUUCCAGUGUGUCUGAUGUUGAUCUUAGUGGGUUAGAAGAAAGCAAUUCAUCUGAAAAAGAAAAAGAUGAUAAUUUUGAAAUGGUGGAUAUUACUAAUCAAUAUAGACACAUCAGUGAAUUAGUAGUAAGCAAGCUUCCAGGAUACACAAUGUAAUUACCAAUAAUAAUGACCAGAUCAAAGUGAAAAUGUCUUUGUUUUUAUAUGCUAAGUUUGCAAGUAUUAUGACUGUCUUUCACAAAUGCAGUUUUUAUUUUAUAAACGAUGGAUAUAUAAAAUGUACCAUGGGUAUUUUUAAGUGAGCCAUCCAGAGUAUACAUGAUUAACUCUGCAACUGUUUGGAUUUUAGGCUAGUGCUCUCGCACACACGUACACAAUGGUGAGCUGCUUUUGAAACUCAAACAAGUUUCAAAAACUUUUGGGAGAAGACUGCCAUUCAAAUAUACAUUUUUGCUUUUCCAAUGAGUAUUUGGGUGCAUGCAGAAUUCCUAUCUGACUGAUGGCCGGUGUCUCCCAUUUUUAGCAGUUUCCUUUCAUUGCACGUAGAUACAGGGAUCCUUGAUUUGUAUCAAGACUGUGGCAUGGGGUAAAGAAUUGACCCUCCCCACCCCACUUCAUUUUAGAAAAAAUACAAGGCUACGUAAACUAAUGUUGUUUACUGUUUGGACCUAAGUUUAUAAAGUGGAAUGGCAUUGCUGCCAUGUGACACAUUUGGCCUCUGCCACUCUAGCGCAAAGAAUUUGGGCUUUUAUGCCAAAAGGCAGAUCUAACAUGUAGCAAUGGCUGCACUCAACAAUUCAUCCUCUGAAAUAAAUUCAGUCUGAUCAAUGCUGAGCAAGUCAGUAAUAUGAAUAAGUCAAAAAUGCUUUUUGAUAUUGUUUUACUGCAGCACCACUUGAUUGCCAUGUGAUUGUGCAGUUGUUCUACCAUCCUAGCUAAUGUCCAAUACGUGUUCAGUGAUCAAAACAAUUUGUAUACAAGUCCUCAGACAUACUUUCAAUUCAAAUACAACAGUCUAAUUCUUAAAUUAAUUUCAGAAAGGGGGAACAGUUAAAAUGAGAUGAACAGGGGCACUCUCACAUUUAUUUUUAACUGACAUAUGAGAGACAAGGAACUUGCAAACUGGCUGUUUAUUGUGCAGUCACACUGAUAGGGUUGCAUGAAACUUGUGUGGAGGCUAUAUGAUGCCACCAGUUUAUUGAGAAUUCAUCCUGAUAUGUUAGCGCAGUGCUUAUAUGACAUUGCCAGCUUGUGAUUGUUAUCUUGCAUUUUCCAGGGCAAUUUCCCUCACUUUUAUUGGACUUUUUGCAGUGAGAAAAGUAACACAAUAAUUACACUAGAAAGUGUGGGAUAAGAACUAACUUUUGCACAGAUAAGUAGCCUGUUUGGAAGCACGCUGGGUGUCGUGCAUCAGAGGUACUGAUUUUUGUUAAGGAUGGG